AUGCACCACCUUCCAAAGUUUGAACUGGCCAGACGUACGGUGGUUGUCUUCUCCCUGAUUAUCGGACUAUUUCUGACAUGGAUCGCGCUUUCAUCCUCAUCUUCAUCCGCUGGCACAUUCAUCGACAACGCCACAUCUUCGCCUAGAUUUGAGGACCCGACUUGGGAUCUUCCUGCUUUGGAUGUCCCUCCUGUGUCAUGUGUUGGUCCGCGAGGAUUGCGUCUGAACGAAAGCAUGGAUGACCGAUUGAAAUCGUCGUUUCAUGAUCUCUCCAUGUAUCCAGAACCCAUCUCCGGUUCUUUCGAGGCCCUAGGUCUCAAUAGGUCUUGGUCUACGGUCGAUGAGCGAUAUGGUCCUUACGGAUUCCGACAGACCGAAGAAGGUUACCAAUAUAGCCAAGUGAACUGGAAGAAUGUCAAAUGGGGGUCUUUGCAAGACCAAUGUGCUCGUGAUAACUCACAGCGACUUCCGAAACAUUUCAACCUUACCAGUAUGCGGCGGUUCCAAUACAGAAAGUCUUCUGUAUCAGCAAGAUCCUUAAACAACGCAGCAGAGAUAUCCUCUGUCCGAGAUGCAAGAAAGAAGUACGGCAAGCAAGCAAUUGUGCUGAGAGCUUGGUCGACAUACCCGUACACAGACGACGACAAGCAGAACCUUCGAAGCAUUGUGGCUGAAGCUGCUCUCGCCAGUCAUGGCAAGUACAAUGUCUUCUUAUUGGUUGAUGUCAAAGAUCUUGACGCUCAUAUACAUUCUUCUGAUGCUGGCUACACGUCCGUGCUCGAGAAGACUGUUCCUGAAGAGUUUCGAGACAUGGCUGUUUUGUUUGAUACCACAAUGCUCGAAAGCUGGUAUCCAGCUGUCCUUGAGCACUCACCUNUUUGGCAAAUGAUGCAACCUUUGCAGCUUUUCUCCCAACUCUAUCCUGAAUUUGACCACUAUUGGCAACUGGAGAUGGACGUUCGCGUGACCCAGCACGUCGGGCAGAUACUGGACGCUUUUGACAAGUUUGGUGAAGAGCAGCCGCGGAAACAGUCCCACGAACGUGCUAGCUGGUCAUACAUGCCACAAUUCCACGGCACAUAUGCAGACUUUACCCAGAGGAUCAAUUCAGCAAUGCCUAAUGGCACAGGGACCUGGGGGCCANUACGUAUUGGUAAAGAGAUUUCUCCCAUUGGCCCAAGGCCGCCAUCUCNNCCAAAGCCCGAUGACACAGAAGCGAAUUGGGAAUGGGGUGUUGGAGAACCUGCAGACUUAUUACUCCUCAAUACAUUGAUGGACGUGCGAAGGCUGGAGGACUGGCCAUUCAGACAUUGGCACUACGGCUUCACGAAGGACAAAGAUCUUCCUUACUGGCACUCUCCUCCAGCACAGGGACGAGCGAGCUGGAAUUUGUUGAACGCGAUACACCAUGCUCAAUCCAAACAAGAUUUGCGCGUAGCUUCGGAAACCACAUUACCUUCUUUCGCUCUCUGGCAUGGUCUUAAGCUCGUUGGUCUCCCACUUCCAGUCUUCCAAGAUCCGGAAAGAAACAGAGAUGAGCUGAAUUUUGUGCUCAAUGGGNGAGACAUAGAGCAAUUUGCGGAUGGCUUUGCGAAUGGGCCUGUAAAUACGAGAGGAGCUUCGAUAGGCUUCUUUGUGGGCGGAAGAAGCUUCGAUUGGGUAAGUCCCAUGCCUGAUCGGACUAUGGCAUAUUGGAAAGGCGAGAAGCAGCCUGACGACGAUAUGCCUAAAGUCCUCGUCGAAAGAGAUGGGAAAAUCUACGCACCAGCGAUGUUCAUGCAUCCAAGGAAGACCAAUCCUUAUAGGUCUGACUGA